AUGGCUUCCCUCCAACCCCAACAACCAUUUCGCUUCCUUGACCUCCCUGGAGAGCUUCGCAACACCGUAUACGACCUCCUGCUCUGCUCCUGGAAUGAUGAUACCGAGCAAGACCCAAACAUGAGCACCAAGUUCAGCCGGCGCAGCCCUAGUAGCCCAUCGACAGCCCUCCUCCGCGCCAACAAACAAAUCCAUGCGGAAGCAUCCGACUACAUGAUCAAGCGUAAUCAGUUUGUCCGCAUCACCUGUCGAGGUCUAGAGGUGCGGAGACUUUUCCUAGGCGAAGGGACUCCCGUCAUCACGACCGACGCGUGCGAAGUGAGCCUGUUCAACGGCUACGUUAUGCACAUGACACUUUCCAAGCCCGCCUACAUACCUUCAGCUUUCCAAUUCUCCGAGUUCGAAAUAAUGAUGCUUCGAUCUGAUCUGCCCAAAUUAUGCGAGCAGCUCGACAUUGAGAGCGUCAUGGCAGACGCCAACUUGACCACAAGCGAGCAUACAUCCAUUCAUGCGACCAUUAGGCUGAAUUAUGCUCAAGCCCGUCACCUCACCCCGAAGUUCCAGGAACGGCUUCUGGAACCCAUUGCAACCUCGCUACGUGGCGUUCCGGUUGUCAACUUUAUGGGACCCGUUGAUUCCGCUCUAGCAGAGAAUGUCAAGAGCGCCGUUGCAAAGCCCCGAUGGACAGAACCCGACGCGACCAUUGAAGAGAUCGGCACCGGUGUAGACGUUGGCAAGCGCCAAUGGCAGCAGAACAACUACUACGCCGCCUCCGAAUCGUGGGCAUACGCUCUGCGCACCCUCGAGCGCAUGCGUCACAGCUCAUCCUGGCUCGGACUCCAAAAAGCCGGCGGUGAAGAUUUCGUUAACAAGAUCGCCGAUCUCUAUUUUACCCUCAACCUUUUCCACGCCCAGUUCCUGCAAGUCGACAUGGCAAACGACCAAUCACAGGGCCCCCUCCUUCAGCGCAACGGCCGCGCUGCAAUUGAGCACCUGCGCAAAUGCGAGACGGCUAGUGCACGUUUUGCGCAGCAUGCCGGUGCUACUUGGACACCCAGCAACCAGCAGUCGGCCAGGAUGCUAUACCGCCACGCGAGGUGUUUGAGGCUGAUGCGUCAGACUGCAAGCAGUGUCAGGGCUGUAACUUUGAUCGAAGAAGCGGCAGCGCUGGCUCCUACAGACCUUUGCUAUCCAGGACGAGAAGUAUGCUGUGCUGGCGUGGGAGGCUGA